CAGCUGACUGGAGGCUGCUGUCUGACUUGCAAGUUGACUGCAGAAGGGGAGGGAACACGUCUCACCAUGCUGCCUGACAAAGACGGCCCAGGGGUCGGCGGCGGACAGAGCGCCCCCGGGGCAGAGGACCCCUCCGUGGGUCUGUUCAGAGAAUACCUCCGGCUCAGGACCGUCCACCCGGAGCCCGACUACGAUGCUGCUCUAAGGUUCCUGGACAGAAUAGCGGAGGAGCUUGAGCUACCCAUAACAAAGAUUGAGGUCUGUCCAGGCAGAGUUGUGUCGAUCAUGACAUGGGAAGGGACGAAACCCACGUUGAAAUCCGUCUUACUGAAUUCCCACACCGAUGUUGUGCCUGUUUUCCAGGAACAUUGGAAAUACGAUGCUUUCAGUGCUUUCAAAGAUGCAGAGGGCAACAUUUAUGCCCGGGGAUCACAGGACAUGAAAUGUGUAACUAUACAGUACAUCCAGGCAGUCAGAAGGCUGAAGGCGGAGGGAUGGAAACCGAUGCGUACUGUACAUUUAAUGUUUGUUCCUGACGAGGAAGUCGGAGGUCACAAGGGAAUGGAAACAUUUGUGAAGCAUCCAGGGUUUCAGAAAUUAAACAUUGGCUUUGCCCUUGAUGAAGGUCUGGCCAAUCCUGGAGAGGCCUUCACUGUGUUUUAUGGAGAAAGGAACCCCUGGUGGAUCACGGUCCACUGCCCAGGCAGUCCAGGUCAUGGAUCUAGGUUUGUGGAGAACACAGCUGCUGAGAAGCUGCGGCACGUCAUCAACUCCUUCCUGGACUUUAGAGAGAAGGAGAAGCACAGGCUGAACACCAGUGAAUGUUUCACGCUCGGCGAUGUCACCACAGUGAACAUGACCAUGGUCAAAGGGGGCGUGGCCUACAACGUCAUCCCAGCUGAGAUGGACGUCAGCUUUGACCUCAGAAUACCGCCUACAGUGAACCUACAGGACUUUGAAAAGCAAAUCAAGCAGUGGUGCAAGGAAGCAGGAGACGACAUCACUUAUGAGUUCGCUCAGAAACACAUGAACCAGAACAUCACAUCGACGGAUGAGAAGGAUCCUUGGUGGAGCGCCUUCAGUGACGCCUGCAAGGCAAUGAAUAUGACUUUGGAAAAGGAGAUCUUUCCAGCUGCCACAGACAGCCGCUUCAUCCGAGCGGUGGGUAUCCCAGCUAUUGGCUUUUCUCCGAUGAACCGAACGCCCAUCCUGCUGCACGAUCACAACGAGUAUCUGAAUGAGCACGUCUUCCUGAAAGGCAUCACGGUGUACGAGCGGCUCAUCCCAGCUCUCGCCGGUGUUUCUGCCUUUCCUGACGAGGCUUAGACGGAGCCUUCGUUUUUAAUCCUCCCUAAAACAUAUUUCACUGGUGAUCUGAAUAUUUAACUUGAGGAAUUUGCAGAGAUGACCAAAGAAUAAUAACGUGUAUAUCAUUAAGCCAAACUGAGCACUUAGCCUUUGGUACUGUUGAUUUUUUUUUUUAUGAUUCUCAGGAUAUAGUUGCAGUAAGCUUUGCAUUACUCAGUAUUGCAGCAGGUUUUAACACCAUACUUACUGUGUGUGGACAUAGUUGAUUGAGUGCGCCUGUGUGUAUGAAGUCCUAAAGGAGCAUCACCUGUUGUGUAAACCAUGUUUUCAUUCCUGUGUAAUAUAAUCUACUUAAGAGUAUUUGAAGAAGACUUUUACUGAUAGACACCUAAUCGCCACAUUUUAAAUUUAGCCUAAUUUUAAAAUGAUGAUACCACAGAUAGAAGCUUAUUUAAUAAACUUGAAUUGAAUAAAUAUAUUUGUUCAUCA